AUGACGACGCCGACGGAAGCUGUUCAGACAUAUGGUCGUAAGAAAACCGCGACAGCUGUCGCUCAUUGCAAAAAAGGCAAAGGUCUUAUUAAAAUUAACGGAUCACCAAUUCAUCUAGUCGAACCUGAAAUUUUACGGUUCAAAGUAUAUGAACCAAUUUUAAUUUUGGGUCAAGAUAAAUUUGCUGGUGUAGAUAUAAGAGUUCGGGUUAGAGGCGGUGGACAUACUUCUCAAAUUUAUGCCAUCCGUCAAGCGAUUGCAAAAGCAAUUGUGGCUUACUACCAAAAAUACGUGGAUGAAGCUCAGAAAAAAGAAAUAAAGGAAAUCCUUAUUCAUUAUGAUAGAAGUUUGUUAGUUGCGGAUCCCCGUCGUUGUGAACCAAAGAAAUUUGGUGGUGUUGGUGCUCCUACCAAAAAUCAUAUCGAUAAUAUCAAAUUGACCGAAGAUCUUCUUAACCCAUCUCCUGAACACGAAAAACGACAACAUAAACUUAAGAGAUUAGUACAAAGCCCGAAUUCAUAUUUUAUGGAUGUAAAAUGCCCUGGUUGUUUUAGCAUUACAACUGUCUUUAGUCAUGCUCAGACUGUUGUGCUGUGUGGAUCUUGUGCCAAUGUUUUGUGUCAACCAACCGGCGGUCGUGCUCGACUGACUGAAGUUUCUUUUGGAGUUGGUUAUAUUACUUGUCACUGUAACUUGGUGACCAAGUUUUUCGAAGCUUUUAAUAAUAUUCCAUCUACUACUCAUAAGCGUCACCUUCUUUACGUAUUUAUAGGGCUUGGAAUACUCUUUCUUUUGAUUCUUAUUCCUCUUUAUAGAAUUGCUGAUUACGAAUCUAAAAGGAACAAUAGUUAUCCAUAUAGAACUUCGGCUAGAGAUCAUCUUAGAAGAAGGGGAAAAAAAUAUUAUAUUCAUAGAAUAAGAAUAAUGAGAAUUAUUAACACGCCUGGAGCUGUGUCCAAAAUAUUCUGGCCGGCGCAUACAUGUCCGACUCAAACAAAUUCGGGUUUUUUGGUUGGCUGGAGCAUUCGUAGAUUUACAGCCUGUGUGGCUGCUAUUAUUUCAAAUAUCAAACUUACAGAUUUAGAAUCUACGUUAUCUUCACUAUCAACGGAUAAUAGCUCAUCGUUCGUUUAUAUGGACGGAAUAUGUGGCGCACCAUUGAUUGUAUUAGGGGUCAUGACUGCACAUUCAGAUAAUAAAAAUAAGAUACUUAAUUGUGAAGAAGUCAGAGAAAAAAAGAAAACGGCGAAUAUAUGGUUGAACAUUCAAUUACAAUAUAAUAAUAUGCCAUCACUCAGGUCUAUAUAUCGUGAUGGAAAUAGAUAUUCUAAUCUUAGUGUGGAAAUUAUUUUUUACAAACAACCAAAUCCCAAUAAAUUACAAUAUCUUUCACUCGAACCUUUGGUUCUUGAUAUACAGCCAAAUAAUGAUCAUGAAAUUGAAGAAAUAUCACCUCAAACUUAUGCUAAUAUGGAGGCAAUUAUGAAAACAAAAUUACCAUUUUCUGGUGGAAAACAAAAAGAGAAUUCAAAAGACAUAGAAGAAAAAAAACCCAAAGAUUUAGAAUACAUUUUAAAACAGAUCAAUUCAUCUUUCGAAACUGAAAAAGCCAUCAUAUCUAGAUGUCGCUUUAUUUCCAAGAGGCGUAAUCGUCGAAGUACUAGUGUUUCAGAGACGGUAAAAAAAUCAGCAUUGGGAAUAGGAAUAUUUUUAAAAGACAUUGCACUAUAUCCAAUAUAUCACCUGGUUCCAAUCAUCCGACCUCUUCUUGCUCAUCCUAUAAUAUUAUUCCUUAUGUUGGUGAGAAUUUUUGCUGAAGUGAUACUUUGGAUCUUAAAUUUAAGAUUCCCUCCAUGGGUUUUCAAUGGAGCCGCUUUGAAAGAUUUAUUUGCGACAUCCCAACAAAUUGAUCUACGCCUACAACAAGCAAGUUUUUGGCCAUGGCAAUAUAUGUUAUUGCGUCGAAGAGAUUGGUCAAAUACUGCCAUGACACGAGCACAAUAUAUAAGUUUUUACAAUAGUAUGUGGCUUGUUGCGAAUGAUAUUAUAAUUGGGUUAACUAUAGGAUCUUUUCUCAUAAAUAAUAGUCAGUACGUGGCAGGCAUGUUAUUGAGAGAUUAUUUUGAUUAUUAUACAGUUGACAAAUUAGUUGAUAUAAUUGUUUGGUUGAUGGCGGACUGUCCUGCAGGUCUUAAAUUAAAUACAGAAUUAGAUAUUUUUUUGGGUCGUCUUUUUCUUUGGCUAAUUAAUGUGUGGAAAGGCAAAAAAUGGAACCCUUUACGAAGUCGAAUUGAUUCAUGUGAUUAUGAUUUAGAUCAAUUACUCCUGGGCACAAUAUUAUUUACAUUAUUAACAUUUCUUUUUCCUACUGUCGUGGUGUAUUACGCCACGUUUGCUAUGAGUCGGGUGGCCGUUAUUUUUUUACAAGCGGUCAUGGAAACACUUUUGGCAUUUCUCAACCAUUUUCCAUUGUUCGCUUUCAUGUUACGUUUCAAAGAUCCUGAGAGAUUACCAGGUGGAUUAAGAUUUGAAAUCUGUGAUCCAGAUUAUUUCGCAUCACAUGGAAUUGCGAGAGUUGUUCAAGGAAUCAAAUCUUUUUGGCCUUGGUCAAAUCAACUUUCCACGAAUGACUUUCCAAUUUCAAAAAUUUUAAAUAACAUGAAAACAAAUAGCAUGUUUAAUAACACAAAAAAUAAUAUAAUAGAGAAAGAUACAAAAGACAUUAAUGAACAUACACAAAUUAAUCUACCAAGUAAAAACCACAUUGCAAUUGAAAACAACACGAAUAAUGUUUCUAACCCUUCAUCUACCACCAAUAAAACUAGCCUUUAUUCUACAUCAUCACGACUACGAGUGAGCUAUCUCUUCAUGCAGAAUCUGCCAAUACCAUUGUCUACUAUAUUCUUCCAAUAUUUACUACUUUGGAAAAGGUUGAGUUCACAUUAUUUUUCACUUUAUGUUUUACGUUGUCUUGUGAGUGGUGAAACAAUUAAACACAUAGCCAGACUUCAAUAUCCAAUGUUGCCUGAAUCCAGAAAUACUUCACGUGUUGUUUCAUGGAAUGUUGAGAAAAUUUCUAUGGCGAUACUGGCAGCUUUUGGAAUAUCCGCCUACGAUAUAGUAUGUCAUGGAUUGAAAGCUGGUAAUAAAAAAUAUUAUUUCGUAGUUGUAGCCAGUAGCAGUUAUUUUUUAAUGGGUUUUGUAGCCGUGUUACUUGGAUUAAGACGGUUAAUAACUGUUAAAAAAGCAUUGGCCAAUAUACCCAAAUCAUAUGUGCCGAUUGGUAAAAAACACGUGCCGAAGUCUGUUUAUGAACUUAUAAGAACAAAGCUAGAACAUGUUUCUGAUAUUACUGCGGAGGGUAAACCAAGGCCUGAGGAUGGUGCAAAACCAGGAUGGGGUCGUCCAGGAAAGGAAUUAGACAAAAUUCAUUUCAAAACUUCGAUUGUGGAUACAUUUCCUUUAAUAGAAAAAACUGCUUUGGAGCAUUUAAAGUUAAAACGCCAUCCUUCGAUGUCUGUUAAAAGAUUCAUUGAAUUUUUGGUAGAAAAUAAAGCUAUUGAUUAUAAUUUAGGAUAUGCCUAUGUUGAGGGUUAUGAAAAAGCCCGAUUUAGUGAGGACGAAAUUCUUGAAGAAAACUACACGGAAUUCAUGAAACUCGUGUUAAGGGAAAACAUACGGACAGUAGGGUUCUCCUUACCGUCAAUUUAUCAAUACCCUUGGGAAGGUCUGAGAAAAACCAUAAAAGUCUCUCGCUGGGACCCUCAUGAAAGUGAGGACGAAUAA